GCCAGGCGAUAAAAUGUAGAGGGCAGCGGGGUGAACCGAUGCUGAAGCUGCAAGGGACGCUGCUGUGGGGCAAAGGGAGGCUCCGUGUUGGGAUGAGAUGUUACUCAACCAGGGUGAAGCAAGAAAGCUGGAAACUAUGGUUACAUGAGCAGGUGGAGCUGUUGGAAGUGUUGGAAGCUAGAGUGAAGCAACUCCGGGCUGAUAACGAAUCGGACAUCCUGAAGCCCAAGAUCCAAGUAUGCCAGAUCAAGAAAUUCAAUUACUUUCAGGGUGCCGCACCCCAAACAUCUCAGGGCAAGCCCCUCCCAACGGACGAAGCCGCCCGCAUCCUCAAAGAGAAUGCUUGGAAGGCCAAAGUGAAGAGGGAAAAACAAGCCAGCAAAAUGAAGCGUUGGGCCGUGGAUGCCAAAACCUUGGAAGCGAUCCUCUGUUCUGAAACUCUGGUGGAAAAAGCUGUUAGGGACCCCCUGAAAUCUGUCAGGCAGCCUACUACAGCCGAUGGCUCCGAAGCACAGUCGAACUGCACAAUCGCCAUGACGGGGAUCCGUGUCUGGGACAGAAAUCCUGCUUCUUCUUAUGUCCAGGCCUCGGCUAAGCCUGUGCCGAUGCUUAAUGGGAGGACGCUUCCAGAAAUGAAAAUCUUCCAGGAUGAUAUUCGGAUGACCAUUUUAGCCUACAUGGACACUUCCCUGUUCAAGAACCAGAAGAGGAAAGCCUUGCAGUGCUUGUUAUAUUUCCACAAUACCCCGGGGCUGAAGAAGUUUCUGACUGUACAGAUGUUCAGUCUCCUCAUGUGUCAUUACGCCAAGCAGGUUGGGUUUUUUUUCUUCCCCCUCUUUUGCACAUACAUACUGUCAGGCUUAACCCAACUUGGUCCAUUAGGAAAGAAACACCCUUGACUCCAUUACUAAUAGCCAAUUAGUUAUAGGGAGCAAAGCCGGAUCUAAGAGUUCAUGCGCAAAUAUUUCCGGUUCCACCACAAAUGCGCGCACAACAAAAGCGCGCCUGACUAAA